AUGUUAAAUAGUGCAACAAAUAUUAUUCUCUGGAAUGCAAAUGGCUUACCCCAACAUAAACAUGAACUACAUAAUUUCUUAAUUCAAAAUAAUAUCCAUGUAGCCUAUAUCACUGAAACUCACCUAACAAAAACACUAAAAUUAAAACUACCUGGUUACUCUGCCAUAAUCAUUGCCACUAACUUAGUUCACAACCUACACUCAAUCAAUCCACAAACCAACCUUCAGGCAGUUUCUAUCCAAAUUUCCCUAAACCACGUCCCGCUAACCCUUGCUUCAGUCUACUGUUCUCCCAACAAAAAAAUCAUUACUCAAGAUUUUGCUCAACUUUUCAUCUCACUAGGGAACAAUUUCAUUGCAGGCGGUGACUUUAAUUCCAAACACCCAGUAUGGGGCUGCCGCUCCACCUCUCCAAGAGGUAAAAUCCUACACAAAACAAUNCAAAUUUCCCUAAACCACGUCCCGCUAACCCUUGCUUUAGUCUACUGUUCUCCCAGCCAAAAAAUCACCACUCAAGAUUUUGCUUAACUUUUCAUCUCACUAGGGAACAAUUUCAUUGCAGGCGGUGACUUUAAUUCUAAACACCCAGUAUGGGGCUGCCGCUCCACCUCUCCAAGAGGCAAAAUCCUACACAAAACAAUUACCGAAAUAAUUGGUCACACCUCGCGCCUACUGGACCGACAUACUGGCCCACUCACAUCAAUAGGCAUCCAGAUAUUUUAGACUUCGUCAUAUAUUCACUCCCAAGUAACUUACCCCUUGCUAUAUCUAACAUCACGGNAAAAUCAUUACUCAAGAUUUUGCUCAACUUUUCAUCUCACUAGGGAACAAUUUCAUUGCAGGCGGUGACUUUAAUUCCAAACACCCAGUAUGGGGCUGCCGCUCCACCUCUCCAAGAGGUAAAAUCCUACACAAAACAAUUACUGAUCAUAAUUGGUCACAUCUCGUGCCUACUGGACCGACAUACUGGCCCACUCACAUCAAUAGGCAUCCAGAUAUUUUAGAUUUCUUCAUAUAUUCACUCCCAAGUAACUUACCCCUUGCUAUAUCUAACAUCAUGGAUCUUUCCUCUGAUCAUACCCCAGUAAAGCUAGUCAUUGAUGGUGUAACAAAUCAAAUCCCAAUAAGAUCUUUCUUAAUCUCAAGCCCAAUAAACUGGACCCACUACAAAAAGUACUUAAGCGACAAUACAAAAUUAGGCAUACCUCUUAAAACUGCCAUUGACAUCGAGCAAGCUUCUGUCACAUUUGUAGAAAUGAUCCAAUCCGCUGCUAAGCUGUCCUCGCGCCCAUGUAACAACUAUUCCACCACCUCGAAAACAAUUCUGGACAAAUACCCACUCCCGGGCCACAUCAAUGUACUCAUAAGACAAAAAAGAAAAGCUCGUGUCAAAUGGAAAAUCACAGGUUACUCUAACGAUAAGCGGAUCUUCAAUAACCUAAACAACAAACUUAAAAGGCAACUCCGAAAUCACAAAAAUCAAUUCUAUGACAACUACAUCUCAAACCUAAAUCCAACUAACGGCGCGCUUUGGAAUGCAACCAAAAAAAUCCUUAGACACAUCGAACCCACUCCUCCAAUCCGUCGCCCCGAUAACUCUAAAAUCACUGAAGACGUUGAAAAGUCCAACGUUUUUGCCGAACACCUUGCUACAGUUUUUAAACCAAACACUAUACAAACUAAUCCCCAGCACUCUGCCAGAGUGUUUGAGUUCUUAGAUAGUCCACUACCAGUUUCUAUGUCUGCAAAACCCACUACCCCAAAUGAAGUUUUCUUCUAUAUAAAACAUUUAAAGACUAGCAAAGCUCCCGGUCAUGAUUUGAUAACUACCCCACUUUUAAAACAACUACCUCCCAAACCAAUAAUACUUUUAUCAUAUAAAUUCAAUUCUAUACUCCGUUUUUCUUACAUGACAUCUAUCUGGAAACAUGCUCAAGUAAUACUCAUUCACAAACCAGGCAAACCUCUCGAAAACCCAUACUCUUACCUCCCUAUAAGCCUUCUGUCUGUCGUAGGAAAACUAUUCAAAAAAAUACUCCUAAAAAGAAUUUCAAAAAUUGCCACAGAUAACAAAAUUAUACCCGAUUUCCAAUUUGGCUUUAAAUUUAAACACUCCACAAUCCACCAACUGCAUAGAGUCGUUUAUCAUAUCUCAUUAG